AUGACAUCAACUCCUGUGACAGCAGUUGUGGUUGGAGCUGGUUCCAGGGGGUUUGCUUACUCCAAAUAUGCUUUAGAUAAUCCUGACAAAUUUAAAAUUGUUGGUGUAGCUGAGCCAAGAAAAUUUCAAAGAGAAAAAUUGGCAUCAGAUCAUAACCUUUGUAAAGAGAAAGUGUUUUCAACAUGGGAGGAGGUUGUGAAUGUGCCAAAGUUUGCUGACUGUAUUCUUGUUACAACAAUGGAUCAAAUGCAUAAGGACCCAGCAGUGGCGUUUGCAAAGAAAGGUUAUCAUAUCUACCUGGAGAAGCCCAUGGCGACAACCUAUGCAGAUUGUGCCUGCAUUGUUGAGACGUGCAAACGGAACAACGUCAUGUUGGCGGUCGGUCACGUGCUCAGGUACGAUAGCCACGCCCAGACCAUCAGAGACAUAAUAAGGUCAGGCGAAAUAGGUCAAGUUGUGAAUAUUCAACACUUGGAACCGAUUGGAUUUUGGCAUUUUGCCCAUUCAUUCGUUCGAGGAAACUGGGGAAACAGUGAGAAAAGUACAUUCUUGUUGCUGGCAAAGUGUUGUCAUGAUCUUGAUCUCAUUCAGAUGUGGUUGGGUGAGAAAGAUGAAUGCCUCUCUAUCUCUUCAUUUGGCUCUCUGGUGCAUUUCACUAAAAAAAACCAACCUGAUGGAGCGUCGGAUCGAUGUUUGGAUUGCAAAGUUGAGAGUCAGUGUGCAUAUUCUGCGAAGAAACUUUACUUGGGUCUUCUCGAGAAGGGACACACAGGUUGGCCAGUUAGUGUAGUGGCGGAUGUGCCUGAUGUUGAAAAUGUACUUGAGAGUUUGAGGGUUGGUCCGUAUGGCAGGUGUGUUUAUGCAUGCGACAAUGAUGUCUGCGACAAUGAGGUUGUUAUAAUGAAUUACAAAAGUGGAGCGACAGUUUCACUGACGACGGUUGCAUUCACUGAGGAGGUCUGUUCCCGCCACACCACCAUCUGUGGCACCAAGGGGGAAAUAACGUGUGUCUUCUACCAGCCUGAUAUAAAAGUCUUCAAUUUUCUUACAAAAACUAAAAAAAUGUACAACGUCUGUGAGAAGGGAGUCGUGAAAACAGGACAUUCAGAUUCCGACAUGGAAGCCAUCCGAUGUUUUGUAGAGGCCAUUAAGAAUAAUGAUCCUUCAAAAAUAUUGACCGGCCCAGAGCAGAGUCUGCAGAGUCACUUGCUUUGUUUCGCUGCUGAGAGAGCCCGGGUUGAACAGCGUGUGGUUCAGCUGAAGGAUGAAAACUUCAUCACUUCAUAA